UGCAGCGGGCGCACAGAGCAGCCUGAAAAUGGCACUCAAUUGGAUUUACCCUUCCCUUCUUUUCUGUCUUCUUCUACGUUUGCUCACACCUUCGCUGGCCUUAAGGAAUUACCCUGAAAACGAAGUGACCCUGCUGGACUCCAUGUCUGCGCUGGGAGAUUUGGGAUGGGAGGCGUACCCAGCAGAAGGGUGGGAGGAGAUCAGUGUGAUGGACGAGCGCAACACGCCCAUGCGUACCUACCAGGUGUGCAACGUGAUGGAGGCCAACCAGAACAACUGGCUGAGGACGCGGCACAUCGCCCGGGACGGCGCCCAGCGCGUCUACGUGGAGAUCAAGUUCACGCUGCGCGACUGCAACAGCUUACCGGGAGUACCGGGCACCUGCAAGGAGACCUUCAACAUGUACUACUACGAGUCCAAUAACCCUAGCCUCUGGUACAUCAAGGAGAGCCAGUACGUGAAGAUCGACACCAUCGCAGCCGACGAGAGCUUCACGCAGGUGGACGUGGGCGACCGCGUCAUGAAGCUCAACACGGAGGUGCGCGACAUCAGCAACCUCAGCAAGAAGGGCUUCUACCUGGCCUUCCAGGACGUGGGCGCGUGCAUCGCGCUCGUCUCCGUGCGCGUGUUCUACAAGAAGUGUCCGCUCAGCGUCGUCAACUUGGCGCAGUUCCCGGAUACGGUAACCGGCGGCGACUCCACUCUGGUGGAGGUGCGCGGCACCUGCGUUAAUGAUUCCGAGGAGGCGGAGCUGCCGCGUAUGUACUGCAGUGCAGAUGGCGGGUGGCUCGUGCCGAUUGGUCGAUGCGUCUGCAAGCCGGGAUUCGAGGAGCACAAGGACUUCUGCCAACCGUGCACCCCGGGUUUCUACAAGGCGGAGGCCACUAACGCGGGGUGUGAGGCGUGUCCUGCCCACAGCUUCUCCCAGGAGGAGAGGGCCGCCGAGUGCACCUGCGAGAAGGGAUACUACCGAGCCGACGGGGACCCGCGCUCCAUGCCCUGCACACAGCCCCCCUCCGCCCCAGAGAACCCCAUCUCCACCAUAAACGAUACCUCGGUGACGCUGGAGUGGAGCGCGCCGCGGGACUCCGGUGGCCGUGGCGACGUGGCCUACAACGUGCACUGCAGGAAGUGCUCCUCGCCCGACGGCAGGAAGUGCGGCCCGUGCGGUGGCGGCCUCCACUUCGCGCCACGCCAGUUCGGGCUCACGGUCGCCAAGGUGCAGGUGACGGACCUGUCGCCACACAGCAACUACAGCUUCAGCAUCGAGGCCGUCAACGGAGUCUCAGAUCUCACCACCGUCGCCAGGCAACAGGUCACCGUCAACAUCACCACCAGCCAGACUGUGAGUGUGGUCCUGAAGGAGCGUAGGAGUAAGGACAGCAUCACUCUGGCCUGGCAGGGUCCAGAGAGGGCCAGCGGGGCCAUCGUGGAGUAUGAAGUCAUCUACUACGAGAAGAACCAGCGAGACCAGAACUACACGGUUCUGAAGACCAAGUCCAACAUGAUGACUGUGGAGGGCCUGAAGCCCGGCACCAUAUACGUGUUCCGGGUGCGAGCGCGCACCGACGGAGGAUACGGCAACUACGGAGGAGAAAUCGAACUGGAGACCAGUCGUGAAGACAUGUUGGCCAUCGGGGAUCCCAACCAGUCCACCAUCUUGGCCGUGUCCAUCGCUGGGGGAAUCGUACUGCUCAUCUUCCUCGUGGCCUGCUUCGUAGUGAGUGGGAGACACUGCGGCUACAUCAAGGCCAAGCAGGACCCAGAUGAGGACAAGAUGCAGUUUCAGCACGGAAGAGUGAAGCUGCCGGGCAGUCGUACCUACAUCCACCCCCACACCUAUGAGGACCCCAACCAGGCGGUACGGGACUUCGCCAAGGAGAUCGACGCCUCUAGCAUUCGCAUCGAGCGCGUUAUCGGCGCAGGUGAGUUUGGGGAGGUGUGCAGCGGCCGUCUCCGUCUGCCCAGCAAGCGUGAGAUCUACGUGGCCAUCAAGAGCCUGAAGGCGGGCUACUCGGAGAAGCAGAGGCGGGACUUCCUGUCCGAGGCUUCCAUCAUGGGCCAGUUCGACCACCCCAACAUCAUCCGAUUGGAGGGAGUCGUCACCAGAUGUAAGCCGGUGAUGAUUAUAACGGAGUACAUGGAGAAUGGAUCGUUGGACACAUUCCUAAAGAAACACGAUGGUCAGUUCACCAUAAUCCAGUUGGUGGGCAUGAUGCGUGGCAUCGCGUCGGGCAUGAAGUACCUCUCGGACAUGAGCUAUGUGCACCGCGACCUGGCGGCGCGCAACAUCCUGGUCAACUCCAACCUCGUCUGCAAGGUGUCCGACUUCGGCCUCUCCAGAGUCCUAGAAGACGACCCCGAGGCGGCAUACACCACUCGGGGAGGGAAGAUCCCGAUUCGCUGGACGGCUCCCGAGGCCAUCGCCUACAGGAAGUUCACCUCGGCCAGCGACGUGUGGAGCUACGGGAUCGUCAUGUGGGAGGUCGUCUCCUAUGGAGAGCGGCCAUACUGGGAGAUGAGCAACCAGGACGUGAUCAAGGCGAUAGACGAGGGCUACCGGCUCCCGGCCCCCAUGGACUGUCCCCUGGUGCUGCAUCAGCUGAUGCUGGACUGCUGGGAGAAGUGUCGUAACGAGAGGCCCAAGUUCGGCCAGAUCGUCAACACCCUUGACAAGCUCAUCCGCAACCCCAGCAGCCUCAAGGAGCUGGCCAACAGCAACGUCUGGGAGGAUCCCCCGUCGCCGGAGUUUGCGGUGAGCACGGUGGAGGACUGGCUCGAGGCCCUGAAGAUGGCGCAGUACCGCGACAACUUCACCAGUGCCGGAUACGUCACCCUCGACUCCGUACUUUAUAUCAGCAUCAGUGAGCUCCAGAAGUUGGGUGUGACGCUUGUGGGCCACCAGAGAAAGAUCCUGUCCAGCAUUCAGAGUCUACAUACUACACAAGGGACCCACGUACACGUAUAACCAACCCGCCUCUUCCUCCCAGCCAUCCUCC